UCAUGUGCUUAUCCUUAGAGAUAACAUCAACCAAGACUCUGUGUAAGUGUUCCUUAGUUGUAUGUAUGUAUAUGGCUGCUUCCAGCAGAGACAUGGCUGAAUCUCCCACUCCUAAUAAGGCUACCAAGGAAGAUUUACUAUCAAAAAGUGUCCAAGAACUGGUCAUCAAUGAUGGACAGCCACCAGAUAAUUAUGUUUAUAAAAACAGUACAGGAGGAGUGGCUGAUGUUCAUACUCCUCUGAAUGAAAUUCCAGUCAUAGACCUUGGUAUCCUCCAAUCUUCGGCAACCACAGUAGCAGAAGAGCUAGAGAAGCUUCGGUCUGCACUCAGUUCAUGGGGUUGCUUUCAGGCAAUAAAUCAUGGAAUAACAAGUUCAUUUCUAGACAAAGUCCAUGAAGUUACCAAGCAAUUCUUUUCACUUCCAAUGGAGGAGAAGCGUAAAUACUCCAGAGAAGCCAGCAAAAUUGAAGGUUAUGGAAAUGAUAUUAUCUUUUCAGACCACCAAAUACUUGAUUGGACUGACCGAUUGUAUCUCAUGGUUAACCCAGAAGACCAACGAAAGUUCACAUUUUGGCCUAAAAAUCCCACAGAUUUCAGGGAUAUUUUACUCAAGUAUGCCAUGGAGUUGAGCCUCAUAACUGAAGUCAUCCUCAAAGCCAUGGCUAAGUUACUAAAUUUGGAGGAUACCUGCUUUUUGGAGCAGAUGGGAGAACAACCAACAAUGAUUGCAAGAUUCAACUUAUAUCCUCCAUGUCCAAGGCCUGAUCUUGUUCUUGGCCUUAAACCACAUGCAGAUGGAUCAGCAAUCACAUUUGUUUUGCAAGACAAAGAGGUGGAAGGCCUCCAAUUCCUGAAAGACAACCAGUGGAUCAGAGUUCCAGUCAUUCCUCAGGCUCUUCUUAUAAAUAUAGGUGAUCAAGCAGAGAUAAUGAGUAAUGGAAUAUUCAAGAGCCCAGUGCACAGAGUAGUGACAAAUUCAGAAAGGGAGAGGAUUUCGUUGGCAGUGUUCAGUUCUCCAGACUCUGAUAAAGAGAUUGAACCAAUAGGCAGGCUGUUCAAUGACUCAAGGCCGAGACUAUACAAAAAGGUGAAGAAUUAUGUUGAUACUUAUUUCCAGUACUACCAGCAGGGAAAGAGACCAAUUGAUGCAGUGAGAUACUAGUUUUUGUACCUUUGUCUCUUGUGGAUUGUAUUAGUAAAGAUCCGUUCGUCCAUUUAAAUAUUAAUGAUUGAAUAAAUGGAUAUAUUUCUAAUUA